AUGAAAGUGAUGCGUAGGCCGCCCGGCGUCUUCAGCUGGGGUCAUACGCCGCGAGCAAGGUCGCGUGCUUUGCAACGCCGAUGCUUCGCUGCGGUGGCGGAUGCAGUCCGACCUUACGAUGUCGUUAUUAUAGGCGGUGGUCAUGCCGGUACCGAAGCCAGUGCAGCUGCGGCACGAUCUGGUGCCCGAACUGCGCUUGUUACUCCAUCCUUGUCCAAUCUCGGAGUCUGUUCCUGCAAUCCCAGUUUCGGCGGCAUAGGCAAGGGGACCAUGAUGCGCGAGAUCGACGCCCUGGACGGAGUGGCGGGACGAAUCGUCGAUAAAGCCGGUAUACAGUUCAGAGUACUGAACAAGAGCAAAGGACCAGCCGUCUGGGGCCCGCGAGCGCAGAUUGACCGAGAACUGUACAAGAGAUAUAUGCGAGAAGAGAUGUUGUCCACGCCGAAUUUAAGCAUCUUGGAAGGCAAAGUUGCAGAUAUAAUCACGUCGCGGGAUGGCUUGGAUCCGAACGAUAAAGUUGCAAAGGCACGUAUUACAGGCGUUCGUCUAGAGGAUGGACAAAUCAUUCCCGCAUCGCACGUCGUCAUCACCACAGGGACGUUCCUUGGGGGAGAAAUACACAUUGGUCUCGAAGCAUACCCUUCUGGGCGGAUAGGCGAGGCUGCAACCUUCGGGUUGAGCAAGUCACUACGCAGUGCCGGAUUUACAUUAGGACGGCUUAAGACUGGAACCCCUCCACGACUCGAUCGAGACACUAUCGACUUUUCUGUACUGGAAGUGCAACCAGGCGAUUCUCCUCCUAAUCCCUUCUCGUAUCUCAAUGAUACCGUUCAGAUAGGCGACGAGGGUCAGCUAAGUUGCUGGGCAACUGACACAAACGAAGCGUCACACGACAUCAUCCGUGCAAACCUCGAUAAAUCCAUACACAUCCGCGAGACUGUGAAAGGACCUCGGUACUGUCCGUCGCUGGAGUCGAAAAUCAUCAAAUUCCCACAUAAGCCGAAACAUAUGAUAUGGCUCGAGCCCGAGGGUCUUGAGCCAAAUAAGGUUAUCUAUCCGAACGGAAUCAGUAUGACUGUGCCUGCUGACGCACAAUAUGCGAUGCUGAGGACAGUCAAAGGACUGGAAAACGUCAAAAUGCUCCAACCUGGGUACGGCGUCGAGUACGACUAUAUUGACCCGCGGAAUCUCUUUCCAACUCUUGAGACCAAAUUAAUCAAGGGUUUAUUCCUUGCCGGGCAAAUCAACGGUACUACAGGCUACGAGGAGGCAGCCGCUCAAGGUAUUAUCGCUGGCAUAAACGCCGGUCGGGCUUCACAAGGCCAUGGCGCCUUUACACUCACUCGCGCUGAAGCCUUCAUCGGGAUUCUAAUCGAUGAUCUGAUAACCAAGGGUGUCAGCGAGCCGUACCGCAUGUUCACCGCUCGAAGCGAGUAUCGGAUGAGUUGCCGCUCCGACAAUGCCGAUCUUCGUCUCACCGAGAAGGGUCGUGAAGCCGGCGUGGUCAGCGACAAGCGAUGGGCACAUUUCACCAGCACGCGCGACCAAGUGGUCGAGUUGCAGGAAGCGCUGAAGAAUGCCGCUUUCUCGAGCCAGGACUGGUUGAAGUUCGGUAUCGAAUCGCGGGUUGAUUCGACUAAGAAAACUGCAUUCACUAUGCUCCGGUCAACUGGAAUGACUGUCGACUUGCUCUCUAGCCGUGUCCCAAACCUGUCCGCAGCCUCCAACUUCGAAGAUAAGGUUAAGGCACGAGUGCAAAUCGAGAGCAUCUAUGCGCCAUAUAUUGGCUUCCAGCAGAAGGCCGUUGAGGCUUUCGAACGGGACGAGUCCCUCGCGCUCCCUGCAGAUUUGGAUUAUGACAAGGUCCCCUCGCUGAGGAUCUCGGAAAGACAGGUAUUAAAGCUCGUGAGACCUGGAAGCAUUGGAAUGGCGCGACGAGUCGAAGGAGUUACUCCAGCGGGAGCACUGCGCUUACUGCAGUAUGCAAGAAAACCCAGGCUAGCCAGUGUCUCAGCCUCGACAGUUGCCGCAUCGCCGAGCGAGGAGUUAUUGAAGUCAGAGAGAGCAGAAGCUGAAGGCGCCAUCGGUGCUGCGUGA